AUGAAGGGCAGGGCAAAUGAGCUUAUGCGCCCGACCUUCUGGUCAGAGGACUACAUUACAGGAAUAAAUUUACUUUAUAAUAAUAUAAAGAAUGACAUCGCGGAGCUGCAAAAGAAUGUCGCGAUUAUUCGAGGUUUCGACGUACGGGUUGUGUCACCAGCGUUUCAUUCACUGGAAUACUUGAUGGGGUCAAAUCUGAGUGAUAAAGAAGAUCUCUCUCUGUGUGCAAACAUACAGCGGCAGCAAGCAAAAGUUCUAGGUGAGUUACUCAAAAAGCUAGAAAUCGUAGAUCAUUCGGAACUUGAGCUAAAUUGCCAGGUGCCGCUGGAAGCACUUAUUUACGAGUACGAGGAGUUUCAUCAGGAGUCACAUCAGCUCCUUAGUCAAAAUUACGAAUCAUACAAAAAACAUCUAUCACUAGCGAAGCAAGUGCGAGCAGAUUUAACAUCGAGGGCAGCGCAAAUUCGACAAGCAUUGAGUCACACUUUACCCUCGCGCGAGGAAAAAGAUGCUGAAAAAUCAACUGCAACGCUGGCAGAAACUUCGUCCCUUUUGCUGAUAUCAUAUCCUUUUAUCAUGGAUAAGAAAUUAACAUUUAAACAAGAGUCCGAAUUGCUUGACUUUUGUGACAGACUGAAGAAAGCCACCAAAACUUCUAGGAGUCUAAUACCAAUUCCCGGCAUGACCAACGUUUAUUUCUCCGGCUCUCAAUUAUUUGAUGGUCUAAAAAAACUGGAGCCGAGAAUGGACAUAUCUCUGUUUAACCUAGAACGCGUGGGUCAAAUUCUAUUAACCGCUAAAAUCAUAUGGCCCUAUCAAAAUAUGAUGGGAUCACAGCCUAGAUUUACAGCUGCCAAAUACUACUCUUGGGGUACGAUUGAACAAUACACUGGUGCCUUAUCUAACCAACCACCACCACGAACUGGUGCAGUUUUCAAUGACUUUUUCAAAAGAAUGAGCAGCAAGUCAAACGAUUGCGAAGUUAUUGCUACACUCGAAGAUCUUGAAGAAAAGCGUCAUGAAUUCAAAGAGUGCGAUAACAGACUUUUUCAAGAAUGUCAAAACCUGGAUUACUGGCGUACUCAACUAGAAUUGGAGCUGCAAAAGGCUAUGAAUCAUUAUUGGAGAUUAAUUCAUCGAAAAACGAGAUGCUUGGAUCAAGUCACUGGCAAAUUUUUCGCUUUGUUACAGGACUCGUUUUCUCUUACAUCUAAACGGGAACCAGUCGACGAACUUUGCGAGAUUAAAAGAGUUUACGGCGCUAACCAUAGUACUGUUGGAUAUUAUAUGCCACAGCCGGGUUUGACAUAUGCCAGAUAUAGCUUGGAUGGCGAAAUGGUGGGACCUGCAAUAUUUCAUACAGAGUUGCAAAGUAUGCCGACAGAUGAGACAGGGUUCGUGAUAGUGCUGGUAUUUUUGAAGACAUACUUGGAGAAGUACAAUGCCGACCAAGUAUUGCAUGCAUGGGCAUUACCUCUAGACUUAAAAAGAGCUUCCAGACUGCGGCGAGACUGUGUUGCUGAGUUUCAGUCAGCCGAGGGUGACCAUCUGACUGCUUUAACACAUUUCAUAGCUAGCAAGAGCCCUGGGCUCAAUGACGUAGUCGCCCUGUUGCAAGACUGGCUGCUAGAGCUUCCUGAUAGCGUGAUUCCUAUGGCUUGUUACGAAGGAAUUAAAGAGAAGGGAGUUGACGGGCUUCGAAGGUCUCCAGGAGAGCAUUUGCUCAAUUUAGCACUUUUAUGUGAACACUUUAAGUGGCUAGUUCAUCAUUGCGGUGCUGAAAGCAUAAGUGAGCUGUUCCAUAGCCGCACAGACUUCCCUUUGUCGCAAGUUUUUGCACGCAGUAGAGUUCAGGAGCCACAGGAUGUGGAGAAAAUGUCACAUACUGUGCAUGACAUUAUGUGCCAAGAAGGUAAUUCGGAAUUUUUCUUGAAACUGGCCGCCACUGAAAAGGAACCCGCAAUUGCAAGAUUGAGUGUUCAAGAGCCGCCCCAGUUCUCAGAUGCAGCCUUUGUUCCUCGCCCUCUCAAAACUGCAAGCACGGGGCCCUCCCCUGUGCCCUCGCGACCCAACAGUAAGCGCAUAAGUGGAAUAGAUCUGUUGGGCAGAGAAAGUGAGAAACAGAUUAGCCCUUCGACUAAAUCAUGA